AUGGCCAAGACUCUGCUGAAGAUACAGCGCUAUUUCCGCAGGAAACCUGUCCGAUUCUUUUCCCUCAUCCUUCUCUACCUGACCGCCGGGAGCCUUGUCUUCCUGCACUCUGGCUUUGUCGGGAACAGCGGCCCCGGGGCCAGAGGGGGGAGCCGAGACGCUGUGGUAGCUUCAGAGAUGGGAAGCCGGACUUCAAUGUCAGACACUCGUGGGCUUGGCAUCAUGAGUCGAGUGUUUAAAGAGACACGCAGGUCUGGACGGAGAUACGGCCCUCCGUGGAUGAAAAAGGCCAGACAGGAGGGCCGGGAGACGGUGCGCAGGGGGGGAGACUACACCAACAACUGGAACCGUGCACUUAAAGGCCGCAGUGCCAAAGACGUGGACGAUGGAAGAGCAAAGUAUAUCGGCUGCUACAUUGAUGACACACAGAAAAGAGCGCUGAGAGGAGUUUCAUUUUUUGACUACAAAAAAAUGACUGUAUUUCGUUGCCAGGACAACUGUGCGGAAAGAGGGUACAUGUACGCAGGUCUGGAGUUCGGAGCAGAGUGCUACUGCGGUCACAAGAUUCAGGCACCCAAUGCUUCAGAUAGUGAAUGCAAUAUGGAGUGUAAAGGAGAGAAGAGCAACCUGUGUGGAGGAGCCAACCGACUAUCCAUCUAUAGGCUGGAGCUGAGCCAGGAAUCGGCGCGUCGCUAUGGCAGCGCCAUUUUCAAAGGGUGUUUCCACAGGCCUGACAAUGUCACUCUGGCACUUCCCUUCAGCGCAGUCAUCCAAAACAUGUCUGUGGAGAAAUGUGUAGACAUGUGCACGGAGAAGGAGAAAACGCUGGCCGUUCUGGCUGGAGAUCGAUGUUACUGUGCCUUCCCGACUUCUCGCUUCUCCCUUCAUGAGCUGGAGGACGAGGGCAUGUGUGUCCACCGCUGCCACGGGGAAGAGUUCGAGAGCUGCGGGAACAACGAGUACUUUGUGGUGUACCAGACGCAAGUUCAAGAUAACCGCUGCAUGGACCGGCACUUCCUACCCACUCGUACCAAGCAGCUGGUGGCCCUCGCCAGUUUCCCCGGAGCCGGCAACACCUGGGCUCGCCACCUCAUAGAACUCGCAACUGGCUUCUACACCGGCAGCUAUUACUUUGAUGGCUCCCUUUACAAUAAAGGAUUUAAAGGGGAGCGGGAUCACUGGCGGAGUGGGAGGACGAUCUGCAUUAAGACACAUGAGAGCGGCAGGAAAGAGAUUGAAUCCUUUGACUCCAGCAUCCUCAUGAUCCGAAACCCCUACAAAGCCCUCAUGGCUGAAUUUAACAGAAAAUAUGGCGGCCACAUUGGAUUUGCUUCCCAGGCCCAUUGGAAAGGGAAAGAGUGGCCAGAGUUUGUGAAGAAUUAUGCCCCUUGGUGGGCGUCCCACACAUUGGACUGGCUGAAUUAUGGGAAGAUUGUCCACGUGGUCCACUUUGAGAAUGUGAAGAGGGACCUGUUCUCCCAGCUGAAGGGGAUGGUCCAGUUUCUGGGUUUGAAGGUUUCUGAGGACCGCCUUCUCUGUGUCGAGGGCCAGAAGGAUGGAAACUUCAAGCGAUCAGGGCUACGAAAGCUUGAAUAUGAUCCCUAUACUCCUGAAAUGCGAGCGAACAUCAACGAACUGAUCAGAACAGUAGACGCUGCCUUGAGGAAGAGGAACAUGUCUGGAGUUCCAGAAGAAUAUAUGCCAAGAUGAUAUAUGUGAUCCCCUCAUUUUCUUUUUUUCCCCUCCUUUAAUUGAACUGUUCUGUCAACAGACUCUGCACCAUAUUUUGUAGGAUUACAUGACUUAAAAAUGUUUUAAAUUUGUGAACAUAGGUUGAAGUUGUAGAAAGAAGAAGUCUCUUUACCCUCCUAUUUUAAUUUUCUAUUCAUGUUCUUUAAUCUUCUGUUGCACCUCAGUAGUUCCAUGCAUUCAUUUUUUUUUCUCUUUGGCUGAAUGAAAAGUACUUAUCUAUAACUGCUCUAUGCACAUGUGCUGUGUAGGCAUGUGCACAUGCCUUAACAUGAAGAAGGUGCAAUACCUGUGAUUACAGAGAGGCUCAUCUGACUGUGCUGGGUGAUUUGUUGCCAGUGGAAAAACAUGUGACCCAAAAUAUAUUAUACAAUACCGCAAAGUGUGUUAUAUAAGCUUAUUUUGUGCUAAAGAGAAAUAUGAGAAAUCAAAACAUUACAAUGUAUGAAUCUUCUGCUGCUAUCACAGAAAAAUACUAUUUUAUACACGAAAACUUUAAAACGUUUAGCCCUUUGUCAAAGGGAAAAAUGCAAUAUGCAGGCUUUAACUACCUGAUGAUGAUACUGUGUGUUUCCAAGUAUUUGUACAGUAUGUUAUUCAACUUACUGUAUGUAAGAGGAAUCUUGUUUUCAAUGAUGACGAGGUAAAGAACUCAGCUCCUCGUAUUCAAGAAGAUGAAUAAUCCCUCUUGAAGGCACUGACAAGGAGAGAAGAGGAUUUAUCUCGACAGCAUUUAUUUAUCUCUGGUGUGCAGUGCACAUGUCGACUAAUUUGGUUGUGAAUAUGUUUUCUUAACACUGGACUCGAUGAAGAAAUCCAAAAAGCACUUUGCUGUGCAACACUUGGCCCAAAGAUCACUGAGGAAUAAGGCGUUAAACUCGUGGUAUAGAUCGGAGCUUACCUUUAACAGUAGUGAUCGUUAUAGAUUUAUUUUCUAACAGUUAAUCAUACUCAAUGGGAAAACAUUUUUUUGUUGCUUUGUUGUAAGAAGAACAAUGAAACAGUUAAAGCUGGUGAUAAUUUUACUCUUCAUGAUAAAAAAAAUCUCCACAAAUGUGUGAAAAAUUCUGCCCAGAUUUUAUAAGCAGCACGUCAUAUACGGUACUCAAUGUGCUAUGCCAUUAUGCUUAAAAAUAAACAAAUAUAUAAAUAAAUAAAUACAUGAAUAUAUAACAUAAAUAAAUAAAACACUGGUGACGAAGAGCCAGAAAACAUUAACUGACUUCCAUUUUCAGAAUUAUAUAAAUAUAUUUUUGUAUAGUGUGUGCUGACACAUCGGCAAUAUUUGUAUUGCAACAAGCAAAAUGGGAGAAGUUGUUUCUAUUUUUAACACAUGCUUUAAACUUUAUUGGCUCUUGCUUUCAUUGACAAGCUGGCACUUUCUCAACAUGUGUCACAUUUGAAUGUAUUUUCUAUGGAAUGAAUGUAAUGUGAUAAGGCCCAAUAAAUGAAUCCAUAAAAUGA